AACGACUAUCUGAGUUUAUCAGUAAUCACUAACAAAUAAUGCCUCCUCUACCAGUACAACACGCUCCACCCGGUAGUAAACCAAGACCAACCUCAGUUGCAGCUCCUGCUAUUUCAUAUACACCAACUGAUACCACAAUUCCUCCUGCUUUAUAUAAUAAGAUUCCUAAUCUUGAACUUUAUAAGAAAUUAAAAGAAGCUGAACGUCGAGUUGAUUUAUUAAUAUCAAGAAAAGCAUUAGAUUUUCAAGCUAUACAACAAAAGACUAUUCAUCCAUCUAAUUUCAAAGGUGAGACAGGAAUAUUACGAGUUUUUAUAUAUAAUGUAUGUGAAAAUCAACCAUGGCAAAAGCAAUUACUUCAAGAACAAGGUAUUCAAAUAGAUCCAACAACUGAAUCAACUUGGACUUUAAGAGUUGAAGGAAGAUUUUUAAGUGAAAAUAAAGAUAGUAAUGUAAUUGAAGAUAAAUUUAGUUCAUUUUUAAAUGCUAUAUCAAUUGAUUUAAUUCCAAAUGAUGAUUAUCCUGCUUUACAAAAUUCUCAAUCAAAUAUUAUAGAAUGGAGAAAUGAUAAUAAUGAUUUUAAUCAAGCAAGUUCAAAUUCUUUUGAUGGAAUAGAUAUUAGAAGAAAUGGAAUAUUUAAUUUAAAGACUAAAAUUGCUUUAUUACCAAAGAGUCAUAUUGCAAAUUAUAAACUAAGUCAAGAAAUGGCUCAAUUUGCUGGUAAAGAAGAAUCAACUCAACAAGAAUUGGUUUAUUUAAUUUGGCAAUAUGUAUUACAUAAAAAUUUAUUCAGAAAAACUGAUGCUCUUACAAAAGUUGAUGCAGUAUCUACAAAUACUGUACUUCCAGAAACUGCUAAUCAAGAUGAUAAUGAUGAUGAUUUAACAGUUGUUCAAUCAGAUGAAAUUCUUGAAGAAUUAUUAAGAGUUAAAACUUUUAAAUUUACUGAUCUUUAUAAAUUAUUACAACCACAUUUCAGACCUCGUGAACCAAUAAUUAUUGAAUAUGAAGUAAAUACUAGAAAAUCAUCUACAUUAGGUGAAGUAGUAAUUGAUAUUCCAAUUGAAUUACCAUUAAAUCUUUCUAAAUUACAAAAGGAAUUUCUUGAUCUUAAUAAAGUAGCAUUUGAAAAUCUUACAAAAGCAGAUACUGCUAUUCAAGUUUUAAAUUCAAGAAUAUCUUUAGGAGUUGUAGCUUUACAAAAUGCAAAUGCUAGAGAAAAUUUCUAUAGAGAAUUAAGUGAAGAUCCUGUAUCAUUUAUUGAAAAAUGGCUUGAAAGUCAAUCUGAAACUUUAAAAGCAUUAAAAAGUGAUGAAGGUUAUGAUGAAGAAGUUGUUAGAAGAGCAAAUUAUUUUGUUGAAAAUGAAUCUUUAAUUAGAGAUAAAAUUGAUCUUUUAUUAGGUUCUAGUAGAUUUUAAUUCUAUUGUUUUGUAUUAUAAUAUAAAAAAAACCACUAAUAUACAUAUGUUA